AUGCGUCGGGCUUCUGAAAUAGACGAUGCUCUUCAACGCCUAUCACCCUUCCUCCUUCGCAACCCUGCCGUGGACAUUCUCGACCUAUGGCCCGGCGCUGGACUAUGGUCUUCGAAGAUCAAUCAACUCCUCAAACCCCGCCGGCAUGUCCUUAUAGAACCUGAUUUGAGCCUAUACAAGCCAUUGCUCCAGCCAUUGGCAGAAACCAACCCCAGCUAUGAACUACUGUCUGCAGACAUCCAUGCUAUUGCGGAUUGGCAAAGUAUACUAUCGAAGCAUUUCCCGGAGCAGGGACCAUCGAACCGUGACGACAGCGGCAUUUUGCCCAGGAACGAUACACUCCUUGUCUUAGCCAACCUGCCUCCAGUUGGCUCAAAAAAGGACCACUAUACCCCAGCACGCUGGUGGUCGGUUUUCAUGGAGGCUUGUAUGCACCAGACGGGAUUACAUUCUUACGGAAGCGUGCGUAUGAUCGCUUCGCUCCCCAUCUCAGAUGCACAACAGGUCGUUCCGCGAACCAUCAUCGAGCGCAAACGACCGGCAUUGUGGACCGAGAACGUCGCAUUGCAUGCAUUCGAAGUCGCGGCUCCAAGGGACCCCAGUACAUGGACUUUUCUGAAGGGAUGGGAUUUGGCGGCGGACAAUGCCUCGCGCGUUGCUCAGAGAGCCGCAGAGAAGGGGGUUACCACACCUCCCGGCAGAGAACUACCACCCAUCCCCAUGGCGCCAAAAAGUCCUGACCCGGGCAGAUUGCCUGUGCCUUACGUGCCGCGCCCUUUUACCGACUGGCAUGAGAAAGUUUGGAAGAAGAUAACUACCGGCGCGCCUGGCAAGGACGGCAAAAUGAAUCCAGUACAACAACGGGGCUGGAUCCAACUGAACAAAGAGAAUCGCGACAUGUAUUACCGCGUGCGUCAGGCGAACGGUAUUGCCGAAAUUGACGAACUGACAGCCACGCUAUCACGGACAGCGGCAAACACUCGCAAGACUUCGGCGGCACUGAGGCCCAUUUUGAAAAAGAUCCAGGCCGCCAAGUCUCGCUUGGAGCAGGGAGUGUCGGAAGUACACUACUCAGUCAGGAAUGAAGUUCCCGUCAUCGUUGACAACAAGCGAGCGGCUCUGCAGACCGGAGACUUUGACGAUGCAAUCCUCCACUGGGACCGGCGCCCCUUUGAACCAUUGCUCAUCAAUCCCGACGAGCUCUACCCCCGAGAGACCGAGCGAAGCAUCCUUUACUUCGAGGCCGACCCGAACCCGCAAGCCGUGCAGAAACUCAACCAGCUGGAUCCGCCGCAAAGAGACGCCCCUCUUCGCCUCUUCGAAGCCCUCUCUCUCACCAUCGGCACCCGUAGCCUUCUGACUGUCGCCGAGCUUCUGGAGCUGAUCUUCCCCGGACGACCCAUCAACGAGAUCGUCAAGGUCAUCCCCGGCCUAGCCGUCCUCGCAGCAAAGACCCCCAAGCCAGACUACGACAAUCUGCCGAAGACCAUGCACGGUUCCCCCGGGGCCCCCGAACCCCUCAACCCCGUCGCAUGCUACCAGGAGAACCUAGACUACGACCUCAGCGACGUCCGAGUGCGGACUCUGCCGACCAGCACACUGUGGAUAUCUUCGUCGAGUACCAGAGGAAGGGCGAUACCAGCCUCUCCACGGUGCAACUGA